AUUAUAUUAUAAUACUGUUACAUCAUUAAUCUUUUAUCAUAAACUGUCAAAACUAUGUUCGUGACAGCUAACAAAGAAGCAUAAUUGACUAUAUAAUAAUAUACUAAUAAAACCGUGCAUUAUACUUAUUUUAAAGUGGAUUAUUUUUAUCAUUUAGAAAUAAAGUUUCUGAAUCCAAAACUUCAAUGACCAAUAUGUCGAUUAAACGUGUGGAAAAACGAUGUGAUGAUAUAAUAAAAUCACAAAAUGACGACCGAUUAUACAGGGGUUUAGUACUCGCUAAUAAAAUGAAAGUACUUUUAAUCAGCGAUUCAACAACUGAUAAAAGUGCUGCUGCAAUGAAUGUUAACAUUGGUUACAUGUGCGAUCCAGAUGAUCUGCCUGGAUUAGCGCACUUCUGCGAACAUAUGUUGUUCUUGGGAACAGAGAAAUAUCCUCAACAGAAUGAUCACGAAACGUACUUGUCGCAAAAUGGCGGCAAUACCGAUGCUUACACAGAUACUGAUCACACUGUUUAUAUGUUCGAUAUAACACCUGAGAAGUUGGAAGGUGCUUUAGAUCGUUUUGCGCAGUUUUUCUUAGCACCACUCUUCACGGAAAUCAUGAUCGAACGCGAGUUGAAUGCUGUAAAUUCAGAACAUGAACAACAUUUAGCAGAUGAUGAUUGGCGAUUUGAUCAAUUAAACAAGUCGUCUGCGUGUCCCGAUCAUGCGUUUUCAAAAUUCAAUACAGGCAAUAGAGAAACAUUAGACAUAAUACCGAAACAAAGGGGCAUCAAUGUUCGAGAUAAACUUCUUGAAUUUUAUGAAAAAUAUUAUUCUGCUAAUAUUAUGUCAUUGUGUGUUCUCGGCAAAGGUACGAUGAUAAUAACCAAAAUCUCUUAUAUUAGGUAUUUGAAAAAUUUCGCUGCAGAUCAGCCUCAUGAACAUGCACGUUACUAUCUUAAAGUCUUACUGACAGAGCAUGUUUGCCUUAAGGAUGAAUUACUAGACUCAACUACUUAUUUAUCUGUGGAGAGACUCCAAUGGUUUAUACCGCAGCUAUAUAAUAAAGUUCAUGUGGAAUGCAUAAUACACGGUAAUGUGACUAAGCUAGAAGCCAUAGAUAUAGUUAAACUAAUUGAAUCUAAAUUGAUAAAUAAUGUGUCUCCCCCAAUACCUUUGUUGCAAAGGCAACUAGUAUUGAAUCGUGAAAUUAAAUUAGAAGAUGGUGGAGGAGCGCAAGGUCUGCGAAUUUUGGUUCAAGGUGACAAGCCUCCACAAUAUCCCGAAUAUUACGUUUCUCAUCUGCUUGGACACCAAGGAGGAGGCUCGUUAUUAUCAGCUUUAAAGGCCAGGGGUUGGUGUAACUCUCUGACAUGUGAGAGAGAAGAACUUAAUAAUGCCAGAGGCUUCAAUUUUUUAAGUAUUUUUGUUGAUCUAACCGAGGAAGGAAUUAAACAUGUUGAAGAUAUUGUUCAAUUGACAUUUCAGUAUAUCAAUAUGCUCAAGUUGAAUGGCCCAAUCGAAUGGAUUUAUAAUGAAUAUAGAGAUAUCGCGAAUAUAAAUUUUUGUUUUCAAGAGAAGCAUUUACCUAUGAGUUACGUGUCUUCUAUAGUUCACAAACUGCAAGAAUAUCCCAUGACUGAAGUUUUGUGUGCAAAACGUGUUUUCAAUGAAUGGCGACCGGAUUUGAUCGACGAAAUAAUGAAAUAUUUGACACCAGAAAAUAUCAGAAUUCACCUUGCUGCAAAAUCAUGUGACAAUAUAGCAAAUGAAACCGAAAAUUGGUAUGGCACUAAAUAUAAGAAAGAGAAAAUAUCCAAGGAAACAAUGGAUAUAUGGAACAAUGCUGGCUAUAAUUCGGAUUUGAAAUUGCCUUCUAAGAAUGAAUUUAUACCUACUAAAUUUGAUAUCAAACCUGAAACUAAUGUAAAAACGUUUCCUAUUAUUUUACAAGAUACUUCAUUUAUAAGGCUUUGGUAUAAAAAAGAUAACGAAUUUUUUGUACCAAAAACGUGGAUGAUGUUCGAAUUUGUCAGUCCGGUUGCCUUUAUGGAUCCUGUUAAUUGCAAUUUGACUUAUAUGUUUAUCCAACUACUUCGUGAUUCUCUAAAUGAACAUAUAUAUGAUGCUGAUUUAGCUGGUCUAGAAUGGGAAAUUGAUUAUUCUAAAAAUGGAAUAAUUGAUUAUAUAUCUACUAUGUCUGAAGAGCAAUUUCAGAAACACAAGAAAGCUGUGAUCACAUUACAUUUGGUGAAACCAAGAAUGUUGAGUGGACGAUGUAAUUUAUAUUGGAAUGAAAUUAUAACCCAACAAUAUAACUUUGAUCGAGUAAAUAUCGAAGUCUCUUACUUGGAGACGAUAACGCAACAGCAGUUAUUUAAUUUUUAUAAGGAAAAUGUACAUAGCAAAACUCAACCUAAAUUGUCAGUCCAUGUGAUAUCUAAUAACAUCAAUAAAAACAAUCCGAUCGAUAAUACCAAAAAAGUUGCCGAUUUAUCAUUCGAUGAAGAAGUUAAGAAAAUCGACGAUAUUUUGUCAUUUAAAAAUAGUCAAACUUUAUAUCCUCUAUUAAAACCAUUUAACGAAUAUCCUAGAAAGGGUAUACGCCAUUCUAAAUUAUAAAAGGAAUGAUGAGAUAUCAAUUUAUAUGAAUAAAUUUGUCAUCUACGAUCUUCUUGUUUCAAACAUAUAUUUAGAUUUAGAUUAUGGUUUAUUCUUUACGCGGCAUUGACAGGCGUUCUUUUUCAUUAUUUACCUUUUAGUUAUUAUGAUGAAUAUCACGUGUCUCAGUAGUCGAAUGCUUAAGACUCUCAUACAGAAAGUGAGUGAUCCAAGUUCUAUUCCUAAUUGGGAUGAUAUUUUUCGUAAUAAAAAUUUCGUUGAAUGAAGAUUGUUGAUUUUCAAAAUUAAUUAUCGAUUUAUGAAGAAAAUGAAUCCAUGUAUCGUUUUGAGUGAGCUACACGCAAGUAAUUAUAACAAUACGUAGUUUAUGAUAUGAAACACUCUGCCUUAAAUUUAUAUAUAUUAUUUCAAAAAACAAAUUAUUCACUAAGAUAUUGUCUGUCGAUUAAUACCAUCUAUAAUCUUUUUAUUUAAGUAAAUGAAUUUUUAAAUGCAUAAUAUUAAU